AUGACCGACUGGGCUAAGCUGAAGGUCGUUGACCUCAAAGCUGAGCUUAAGAACCGCGAUCUUCCACAACACGGUCUCAAGGCAGAUCUCGUCGCGCGACUAGAAGAAGCCGACAACGAAAAAGUGGAGAUAGAGGCACAGGAAGAACUUGAGGAUGCGCCUGCGACCAACGAAUCCGGAGGCGACGAGCCAACCGUCGAAGAAUCAGAUGUCGCGAAGCCAGAACCCCAGGACGCGAUCGAUGAACCUAAACCUGUAGACGAGAAGCCUGAUAGCGAAAUGGUAGAAGUGGAAGAGAAAGAGACGGAUGAAACUACUGCACCAGUUGCCGAUGCCGAACCAAGUAAAGGGGUUGACAGUGGGGAUAAGGAGCAGGAGAUUGUUAAGAAUGGCACGUCAGACGAAAUAUCUCAGGACGCAGAUAUGGUAGUCAAUGUUCCAACCGCUGGAGACGAAGUCGACCCCCAAUCGUGCGAACCAACAGUGGAGGAUAAAACCAGAGCGGGAACAGUGGCCAGCACUGUUGACUCUACACCCUCCCAUUCCCUCGAACCAACACCUGCUGCCGAACAGCAAAAGCGGAAACGUCGCUCUCUCUCACCACCACCCACCGAAGAAUCUAUUGCACGAAAGCGCGCUCGCACAGAGGAAAUUGCCGACGACGGCGCCAAUCCAGAUUCGCGCCAGGAAGACCCGCUGCCUGACACUGCCAACGAACCUGCGCCGAUGAAUGUUGACAGCGAGCCACAAACAAAGGAAAUCCAAACCGAAUCUUUACAAGACCCCGCGCCAGAGUCUAAAACGCUUGAAGGGGAAAAUCAACAGGAUAUGGAUUACGAACGCAAUGUUGCGCCAGCACUACACCCAGCCACUUCCGCCCUCUACAUCAAAAACUUCAUGCGUCCUCUUCGACCCCAGGACGUCAAGUCGUACCUCGUUGAGCUAGCGACACACCCGCGAGAUCCCCUCGACAACGAUAUUGUGGUAGAAUUUUUUCUCGAUCAAAUCCGCACCCACGGUUUCGCCAUCUUCAAAACUACUGCUGCAGCGUCGCGCGUUCGCACAGCACUCCACGACAGUGUUUGGCCCAACGAGAGUAACCGCAAGCCGCUAUGGGUUGACUUUGUUCCUCCCGAAAAGGUUCGCGACUGGAUUGAUACUGAACAAGCCAGUGGUGGCCCACGCUCUGGUGUGCGAUGGGAAGUCAUCUACGACGAUGGACCCGACGGCGUAAUUGAAGUCCACCUCGAAGAAGCAACCUCUGGCGCAGGACCUCAGCCAGGCGCAAGGCCGCAGGCGGGCGCCGCAAUGGGCAUGGACUCUAUCCCCGUAGGCCCUAGGGCGCUGCGCGAUCCCGCUAUCCCCACAGGGCCUCGUCCUGUCCGCCCUGGCACUGGUCCUGGUCCUCGGCCUCCUCCUAUUAAUCCUGGCGGCGCAUCUAAAAGAACCAAUGCUCAUCCGGUUAUAUAUUAUCAACCCGUAUCCGAAGACCUCGCCCGCCGCCGCAUCGACAACAUGCGCUCUUACUACACAAGUAGGCGUGAUGGUGGUGACUUUGGGCGCGAGAUCAACCGCUACUCGUUCGAGAACGGCACUUCAUUCGUUGACAGAGGCAAGGAAGUAUUUGAGGGUAUCCGUCCUCCUCAUCGUGAGCGUGGAGGUGCGGGUCGUGACCGUCGCGAGCGUCGCGGAGGUCGACGUCGACGUGGCGGCGGUGGUGGUGGCCGACCGCGCAGUGAUCGUUAUAUGCCUCCUCCACGAGACGAUCGCCGCCCCCGUCGUGGCUCUGUAUCCGAUGAUGGAGAUACUCGGAUGAGGGAUUGA